AUGGUCUCCAAAUACUCCAAGAUGAAGAACCAAACGAUCGCGCACAAGAACCAGCAGCAGGCGGAGCUGGAGAAGGCCAAGCUCCUUAGUGAAGAGUUCGAGGCCUAUCAGGCCCUCCUGAAAAACACCAACCAUCAGCCUGCCCCCGGUCACUACCGCACCAAAAGCGGUAGCCACAUGAGAAUUGUGCCCAACGGUUCGAGUUGGACGCGACAAGGAGUUUCUGCAGAGGAGCAGCUACUGCCUUUCGGCGUCGUGUGGGUGCCAUACCCAUCAAGCGGCCAUCCAAUCUGGCCGAUGACGAUUGAAGAGCUCUACGGCAACGGAGCUCCAAUUUUCCAACUUGUCAUGCCACAACAAGUUGGCUUCAGCAACCUCGGCGACCACAUGACCCCACAUGAGGUCACAUAUUCAGCAUACCAGCUCAACAAGCUGGCUGUUGUCGAGAACGGGCCCAACGAUUUUGGGUACCAAGCGGUUCCGACGACGACGAUGGAUUUCUCUCGCGAACACGUUCGAGUCUACGAAAGCGGUGCUGUCGAAAUGGUACCGCCAAUCCCA